AUGGAACGCAACGCGAGCACGAGCGUCGACUUCCCGUUCUUGCUCUCCGAAGAGCUCACCUACGCGCCCGCGCAGACCGGCUACCCGUUGUACGUCACCGCGCAGCGCGUGCGGCCCGCCGCCGCGUCCUCGGUCUCCGUCUCGCCGGAAGACCCCGAGGGGCUCACGCUCGUCGUCCUGCACUCGACCUCCUUCCACAAGGAGACCUGGUUCCCUGCGCUCGACGACCUCUUCGCCCGCCUCGCCCAAUCGCCGCCACCGCCACCACCAUUGUCAUCGCAAUCACGUGCCUCGCCCGCCGCACCCAAGAUCGCAGAGGCUUACCUGAUCGAGUGCCCGAACCACGGCCGGUCCGCGGUGCUCAACGAGCGCCUCCUCGCCGCGCACGACUUCCCGGGCGAUAACGCGUGCGCGCGCUACGCCGACGCCGCCGCGCACUUCCUCCUCGCCACGCCCUCCAUCGUCGGUUCUUCCCCCAACAGCGGCAACCACAGCCCUAGGCGCCGCCCGCGCCAGCUCGUCGCGAUCGGGCACUCGCUCGGCGGCGUCGCCGCGGCCCUCGUCGCGUCGCACCCGGCCCUCGCCCCGCUCUUCCGCGCCGCCGUGCUCGUCGAGCCGAUGCUCUCCCCGCCGCCGCUCGGCAACGCGGCGCUCUUCCCGCUCCGCAAAGCGCUCCUCCGCUCCGCGUACGAGCGCGUCGACGUCUGGCGCUCCCGGACCAAAGCCUACGCCUACUUCUCUCCCCCGCCCCACCCAACCCAGGACGGAGGGGCGAAGAAGGGCGGCAAGACGACGACGCGGUGGGACGACCGCGUCGCGCGCUGCUUCGUGCGCUACGCCGUGCGCGACCACCCCGCGCGCGAGAGGGGGGAGUACGACGGCGUCACGCUCUGCUGCGCGCGCGAACAGGAGGCGGCGAUGUACCGCGACUGCCGCGGGCCGGUCGAGCCCGUGCCCGCGCUCGCGCGCCUCGCGCGCCGGAUCCCGGUCCACCUCGUCCUCGGCGAGGUCAAGGACUGCGUGCCGGGGAACGUGCACGACGCGCUCGUACGCGAGUGCGCGUGGCGCGGGGUCGACGUCAUGCCGGGCGUGGGACACCUCGCGGUGCAGACCGCGCCUGGGGCGGUGGCGGGCGCGGUGUGGGAGGCGUUGGGCGCGUGCGUGAGGGAGGGCGCGUUCGUGGUCGAGCCUGGGGUGAGGGGGGACAGGGAGGAGGGCGAGCGCGAGCGCGAGGCCGCGAGGGCGUGGGGAUACGAGCGGGAUAUGGGCGGGCUGCAGUACCACGUCGUCGCGGCGGCUAUGAGCAAGUUGUGAAGGACCGGUCCAACGAUCGCUCCGGAACGGCCGUUAUGACGGAGACGUCGUGCGGCUCGCGAUCUGCAGUAGCCUCAGCCAACGCUCCGAUGAGGCCUGAUCCGACACUGUUCGAGACGUACACGAACGUCGAAGGCUCUAUGGGCAUCGCACGCCCCCCGCUUGCAACCUCGUUUGCCCCCACUUCAAGCGCUCCGCGCAUGGGUCACCCUUACUCGCAUUUCACCCACCAAAACAGGGCCUCGGAUGCGAAAUCGCGAGCUCCAUUUGUACAAAUACGCUCAGCCACACGAACAAACUACGAAGAACGACCGACCAUGAACGACAUCUCGUAUACCCUUCAUCUCUCUCGC